AUGGCUGACUUGCUACCUAUCGAAGUUCCAUCAAACUAUCUUCGAUCCAGAAAUAGAGAUCAUACCGGAUCUCUAUAUCCAAUUAGUGAUGAUUUGAGAUUUGAUUAUGGAACAGCGGGAUUUCGAAUGGUUGCCAAUCUACUUCCUUUCGCUGUCUUCCGUAUCGGUUAUGUGGCUGGAUUAAGAUCUAGAGUUCUAAAUAAAUGCAUUGGAAUAAUGAUAACAGCUUCACAUAAUCCGGAGAUAGAUAAUGGAGUUAAGAUCGUUGAUCCCAUGGGAGAAAUGUUAUCAUCAGAUUGGGAGAAAAUUGCCACCGAGCUUGUGAAUGCCAAAGAUGACCAACUACCAACAACUAUCAGAGCUCUUGAAGUUCAAAUGGCACCAUUACGCUCAGCAAGUAAUGCUUCCGUUGUGUGUGCAAUGGAUACUCGAAUCAGCAGUCCACAUCUAGUUGAAGCUGCUCGGGCAGGAGCCGAGUUAUUCAAUGUUCAUUUCAGAAACCAUGGUCUUCUUACGACACCUCAGCUCCAUUACAUUGUGAGAUGUCGCAACGAUCCCGAAUUCGGAGAAGCUUCCGAAGUUGGUUAUUACAAGUGCCUCUCGACAGCUUUCAAUGAAUUGCUAUCUUUGACCCCGGGAGAAAAAAGUAAAUUACGCGUUGAUUGUGCUAAUGGGAUUGGAGCUCCUAAAUUCAAAGAGCUCAUGACUUAUCUGAACGAGAGUUUAGAUAUUGAAUAUGCCAACACGAAAGGCGAAUUGAAUCAUAAUUGUGGUGCUGACUUUGUAAAAAUCUCUCAGACACUUCCAGUUGGCUUUGAGGAGUGCCUCGUAAACGAGAAAUGUGCUUCCUUUGAUGGAGAUGCUGAUCGUCUUGUUUAUUUCAAGAGAAAAAGUAAUGAUGAAAACAACGUGAGCUUACUAGAUGGAGACAAGAUCGCAGUUCUGUUAACCAAAUAUAUCAAAGAACAAUUGGAUGUUGCAGGAUUAAAUGAUGAUCUGUCACUUGGAAUCAUUCAAACAGCUUAUGCAAAUGGAGCUUCUUCCCAAUAUAUCAAGGAUGCUCUGGGUAUUAACGCUGUAUUUGUUCCGACAGGUGUGAAGCAUUUACAUCAUGCUGCUAUCAAAUUUGAUAUUGGAAUCUAUUUUGAAGCCAAUGGUCAUGGAACUGUUGUUUUCAGCAGUAAAUUUGAUAAUCUCGUGCGGAAAAGCGAGAAAAGCAAUGAUGGAGUUCGCCGUUUAGCUCUCAUCUCAAGAGUUAUCAAUGAAGUUGUUGGUGAUGCUAUGGCUGAUCUACUGGCUGUCGAAAUCAUUCUUCGUCAUUACGGAUGGACUGUAGAGAAUUGGCAGGAACAGCUCUAUAAAGAUUUUCCUAACGUUCAGAUCAAAGUACCCGUUGUUGAUCGCUCCAUUUACAAAACAACUUGGGAUGAAACCACCCUAAUUGAACCACCUGGACUUCAAGAGAAAAUAAAUGAAUUAAUUGCAAAGUAUCCAAAAGCUCGCUCAUUCGUGAGACCAUCCGGAACAGAAUGCUUAGUUCGUGUCUAUGCUGAAGCUGAAACAUCAGAAGACACCACCGCGUUGGGAGCAGCCAUCGCCGACCUUGUCCGAGCUUAA